GCGAUCAGCAGAGUGAGAGGCGCUGAGGACAAACACACUCGACUCACUCUUAAAGUGGCCUGUUGUACACACACACACGCACACACACACACGCGCACACACACACACGCACACAGACGGCACUCUGGACCCACCACCUCAGGAUACACACCCUCAAGACCCUGGUUUUACCGCCAUGCACCAGCGGAGCCCCUCGGAGCUCCAGGGGGCCUCCCGGCGAAGGGCUGCUGCCCGGGCCGGGGCCCCUCUCUGGACUUGGCUCCUGCUGGGGUUCCUGGCGCUGCCCGGAGCCCGGAGCUACCUGAGCGAGGAGCAGGAGGAGCUGCUGGUGGAGCUGCACAACCACUACAGAGGACAGGUGUCCCCCAGCGCCUCGGCCAUGCUGCCCCUGCGAUGGGACCCGAGCCUGAAGAUCAUCGCCGAGGGCUACGCCGCCAAAUGCAUCUGGAACCACAACCCGGAGCUGGAGGACACCGGGGAGAACCUGUUCGUCGGCACCGGGCCUCUGGACCUCCGGGAGGCUCUGGAGAAAUGGUUUCUGGAACGUCAGAACUUUGACUUCCAAAACAACACCUGUGAUGAAGACCAGAUGUGUGGACACUAUACACAGAUGGUGUGGGCAGACACACACAGAGUCGGCUGUGCCUUCCAUCUCUGUAACAACAUGGAGGGUUUAGACUGGGAGAGAGCCUCCUUCCUGGUCUGCAACUACUACCCAGCAGGGAACUACGAUGAACAGCGGCCAUUUGUUGAAGGUGAAUGGUGCUCCAGAUGUCCUGACAACUUCCAGAAGUGUGAAAACAACCUAUGUGUUGCUGACACGAUGGAGGAUGAUGAUGAUGAAGCAGAAGAUGUGGAUGAGGAGGAGGGGGCAGUUCCUCCUCCAGGAACGUCUGGCCCCUCCCUCCAGCCUGAAGGGGAGAAGGACCAGGAGGCAGUUGUUCCUCCUUCAGGAACAACUGGCCCCUCCAUCCAGCCUGAAGGGGAGAAGAACCAGGAGGGAACAACUGGCCCCUCCAUCCAGCCUGAAGGGGAGAAGGACCAGGAGGCAGUUGUUCCUCCUUCAGGAACAACUGGCCCCUCCAUCCAGCCUGAAGGGGAGAAGGACCAGGAGGGAACAACUGGCCCCUCCAUCCAGCCUGAAGGGGAGAAGGACCAGGAGGCAGUUGUUCCUCCUCCAGGAACAAAUGGCCCCUCCAUCCAGCCUGAAGGGGAGAAGGAGCUGGAGGCAGUUGUUCCUCCUCCAGCAACAUCUGGCCCCUCCCUCCAGCCUGAAGGGAAGGAUGUCGGCCCUAAUGUCCACCCUCCCACCAUCACUCCUACCAGUACUCCCAGUAACAGCACCAUCAUAGCAGAAGGGGACUCAGACGACCUCCAACCACCUGCCACACCCGCCCCAGGCACCCAGCCCCCAGAGUUCCAUCCUACUCCAGAGGAGAAGGAGAACAAGGGUGCUGACAAGAUAGUGGAAGUGAAGAAAAAAGUUCCUUUCAAAGAGAAGGCGGUAAAAGAGGAGCGAGACGGAAAGCGUAACUUAUCCCACAGCCAGGAGGCGAGCAUGAGCGCUGCUUCCGCCUCCUCACCUCCUCUGCUGUUAGCCUGUCUGACUGGGCUCCUCACUCUGAGGCUGUGAGGAGCCCGAGGAGGAGGAGGGGGACACAACGCCUUAUUAACCCCGCCCACGUGAUGACAAACACCUAUCCCGGCUCCUCCCCCUUGUCGGAGGUGUAUGGGUCAAUUAAUAAUUCACACCCAUCACAAAAUCAGCUGCCAUAAUCCCAACAUCUGCCCGUGGAUCUGGGUGGAGAAGACGGAACGUUUCAUGAAGAUGUUUCUGUGUCUCCAAAGGAAACUUUGGUAUUUUUAACCCGUUGUCUGAACUGAAGGAGAAGGCUGCGGCUUCUGAACGUGCGUCCGCUCGAGGAGUUUGUGGUCUGACGGACGCAGAUCGCUAUCACGACUCCACAAACUCGAUAUAAAACGUUUUUUCUUUUUAUCGUAACCUUGGUCUUAUAAAAACCGGCACUAACGACAGAUUAAAAACAGCGGAACGAAUCGGUUCCACCAGCAAAGGGUUUGAUCCCUGUUGGAACGUGACCUCUGAAAGCGAGCGGGCGAAUGGAGGCGGAGCCUCUGUGAAUAAACAGAUUCAUCCCACGUGUUCAGGGAAGUGAGUCUGUUGUCAUGACGACCCCGCUGCUGCUCCUCCUCCUCCUCCUCCUCUUAUAUCCGCUGUGCAUCAUUUACCCCUCAGACUGGAGUCACAUGACCUCUGCUCGGCCGGAGACGCAGGAAGUGACGGCGUCCACGAGGAGCACGGACUGCAGUAAAUGUUUGUACCUACGAUCAAUACGGAAAUAAAACACGCUCCUUCUUUUGAGCCUUCAACUGAUGUCUCUUCAUUUAAUACUGAUGAAGUAACUAAUACUGCAGGAUAGAAGUACUCAGGUAUUUGUUGAACUAAAAGUACCACUACUACAGUGUAGAAGUACUCAGUUACAAGUAAAACUUAGUUACGGAAGUAAUAGUGCAUAAAUAUUACAAUACUUUGGAAGUUGGAAGUAGCACAAGAAUGAUACUCAAUGUCUGAAUACUUUGAUAUGAUUCUAUAGUUGUACAUAUUGAUGUAUCAAGUUAAUCAUUAUGAACAAUAAACAAUACAUGAUCAUCACUUA